UCCAAGAUGUCACUUUAUGAUGAUAUAGAUGGCGUCCCUCUUAAAGAAAAUAAUUCUUCGGAGACAGCUGGCUGGUCGAGCGGUUUUAGUUUUAUGCAACAACAAUUAAAACGGCAAAAAUUUGCUCAGCCAAAAACACCAUCUCAGUUGAAAUCGUCUCGCCCAACUGGACUUGCGAAACAACCAAAUUCAAGCAAGGAUAUUUUGACUUCAAAUGAUGAAAAUAAGGAUCCUGAUACAUCAACAGAGCCUUUUGUUCAGACGGAGGCUUCUAUAGCCGUUGUUGUUGAUGAAUAUGAUCCAAUGAAACCAAAUGAUUAUGAAGAAUGUAAGCAAAAACAGCGAGAAAAAGAGCAACGUGAAAGGGAACUGGAGAGAAGUCAACGAGACAAAGAUUAUGAUGACAGAUACAGAGAGAGGGGAAGAGAUCGUGGUGAUUACAGAAGUCGUGACAGAAGACGUCGUAGAUAUGGUGAUGAUGAUGAUGACGAUGAACCAAGAUCUCUUGCAUCAAGAAAAUCUGGGGCUGCUAUUGCCCCCCCUGUAUCUUUGACUGCUCCAAGCAAUGCUGAUGACGAUAGUAAACCAUUUUCUGGAGUGCCCAGUUUGUUUAGCAAACCAGAUGUUGGCUUUGACAGUCCUGUUGCAUCAAACAUUAUGGCAAAAUAUGGAUGGAAGGAUGGUCAAGGACUGGGAAAACAAGAGCAAGGAAUCAAUCAGUGUCUUCAAGUGGAAAAGACGAGUAAAAGAGGCGGGAAAAUUAUCAAUCAGGAGAAAGACGUAUCUGUUCCUCAGGAAAACGAAUCUCUUGUUGGAAAAAUGAAAAACCCAAGCAAAGUGAUCUUAUUACGCAACAUGGUUGGUCCAGGUGAAGUGGAUGAUGAAUUAGAACCAGAGACAGCUGAAGAAUGUAGCAAAUAUGGUGAAGUUCACAAAGUUGUUAUUUAUGAGGUUCGCGAGGGAGUGCCUGAGGAUGAAGCUGUGCGUAUUUUUGUAGAAUUUAAGAAAAUGGAUUCGGCGAUUAAAGCAAUUAUCGACCUGAAUGGAAGAUAUUUCGGGGGUCGUACCGUGAAAGCAGGUUUUUACAACUUGGAUAAAUUUCGAAGAUUUGACCUUUUGGAUGAUCUGGAGUUCCAAUAAUCGUAUGUAAAAAAGUGUAACACACAGUGAAAGAGAUACAAUGUGAUAUUCGUUUUUAAUGACCGAAGCUACAUCCAUGUAUUAAAUCGAAAAAGUCCUGAUAUCGGGCGAGAUUGUUACUUCAGAAAGGUAUUGAGGUUAUAGUAACGUAAAUAUGGCGCCGAAGAUGAGGCGACCUUUCAACUCAAUUUGGUCGUAGAUUGCUAUGAACAACAAACACAACACACUAACUGGCCUGAGAUGAUGCAAAUAUUCUUAAAUUUUUUAAAACAAUGAUUCUAUAUAAUUCCUUCCUUUGGCUUUAGGUUUUUAGUUAUAAACUUCCUGAUAUUUGAAAUAUUUCCUGAUUGUAAAAAAAUUUAAUCUGCCCUGCAAGUUUUAUACGUAAUUAUUAUCGCUUGUCCAUCAGCUUAAACGGAUAACUUAAAAUUAAGAAUAUUAAGAAUAGUAAAUGUCUGAAAACAAUAGUUAGAAGUUGAUCACAUGAGGAACCGUCGUGCCUGAGUUAAGUUGACUUCUGCUCGAUCUGUACAAUUAUAAUUUGCGAUAUAAAACCAGGGAGCGGCGUAUCAGCGUCUUCAAACAACUUCGCAUCAAAUGUUGUUUUACUGCCUAAAAUAGACAAAAACUUCGCAUUCAGGAGAGUUCGUUUAGUUCUCUCCUGCAUGAUCUCCGCUCGAAACGUCAAGAACUGUUUUGCCAGCGUGUACAAACUAUAUUAACUAUUGCAUGGUCAGUAAUUUUGAGAUUCUAUACCACUGCAUGUCACAAUAAGAAGUAAUAUAAAUUUACCAAACUUCAUCUUACUCCCAUAGUAAGAAUUGCACCAUCGUGGUAAAUGUGUUUUUACUAUAUCCGCUCUGGGUAUUUUUAGCCGAUUAAACAAAGACACUUGAAGUGCCUUCGUAAGGAGAUUAAUAAAGAGAGUUAUACCAUGGAUUAACUCUCCUGACGAAAGCCCUUAUAAAUGGGCACGUCAAUGCUAUUGUCUGCGUUCAGGCAGUUGUUUACCUUGGUUAUUUUGCAUACGCAUAGGAAAUAAUAAUACAGCAAGAUAUUUUAUUUGGCUUGACUAAAAUAACUUUUGCGGUUUAUCUAUAUUAAGAAGGUUACUGUAAAUGCGGUUAACAAACCAUUAGUGGUAAAUUAAAAUAUUCAGUGGGUUUUCCAAACAUAUGUGCAUGUAGAUAUCUAAUUAAUUAAUUAAUUUCAUUCAAUGUUUUUGGUCGUGAAACGUGAUAUAAACGGUUUCAUGAUUUUUGUUUUUUACUGUUUCCUUGCCACAGUGGAAACAAACUUUAGGAGUUGGCGUCAAAAAAACAUUAAUUUCUUGGCAGCCUCGCGCCUGGUUUGACACUUCCGUUCAACACUUUCUAAUCACAUAAAAGUUUACCGCAUCCAGCUCUUCACUGUGUCGGGUAAAUAAAUAAUAAUACCAACGGCAAAGAGACGAGUUUUUUAAUAUAGCAUGCAUGCAGUGUCAAAAACAUCCUCAUGCACGUCUUGUAUGACCUUCAUACCCAUGUUGUUUUGUUCACUUAUAAUUGAAAUCGCGUCAUAAAUUGGAAGUCUGUCUUCUUUGUUAAAAGGUCCUGAAGUUCUAGGCUAAGUCGUCAUUCAUCAAUGACUCGACAUAUGAAGCACGAUGCAGUGGUUCCGAUUUUUCAUUUCCUGAAUUAUGUUGGCUCCAUAUACGUUUAGGACCGAAAAAUUCAAAAAUGAUUCGAUUUAUCGUUGCCCACGCAGCUUUGACGCAAAAUACGCGGAAAGACCCGUCUACAAGGAUGUCUUCUUCGAUAUCAGGUUAGACAAUAUUAAGAUCCCAUGCACCAUUCACCAUAUGCAUGCAAUAUAAUAAACGACUGCUAAAACACUUCUCGACGUUUCGAUCUAAGAGUUUUGCUAUAGAAUACACUCCCACGCUGCUGCCUUGGUCACACUGGAACACAGAAAUGUAGCUAUAUAUAGAACGUCUUUCUUGUAAAAAAAUUAGAUAUUUUAGUCACGUUCAACUUAAGCGAAAUCGAUUAAAAGUAAAAGUAAAUAAAGACAUUACUGACAAGACAGACAAAUGCACUUCUCGAUGUUUCGACCUAAGAGCCUUGCAUGCCGCAGCGUCGCUACUCUCCCGCGCUGCAUGGCUAUAUUGAAACACACCUAUAUAUAGUAAGCCUUUCUGCAUGAGUAAAAGUAUAUCAAUAUCUGUGGUAUAAUCUUGUCAGAAAAACAAACUUAGCCUUAGGAAAAAACUUAUUUUCACUUUUUGAAAUCCCGUUUGGAUUUGUUUAAUCAUGUAAUUUGAGUGUUGAAUGUAGUUACAAGCGAGUUUGACUACUAUUAUAUUUGUUAUAAGUUGCAUCUCACUGAUGAGUGAUUAUCAUCAAAUUCAAAUAUACAAUUGCGGAUGGAUGGUUCAGUGAAUUACAGUGAAGCAAUUUGAUCCAACUAUUUUGUUUCCGACGUCGAACUUUGAACAGUUUUUAGAGAGAUUCAGCGAGUACGACAGUCUGUAAUGAAAUACAAGUACAAGAUUCGUCAUUCUCGCGUGUUUGUGCCUUACAACGUUAUGGUAUUGCUUGAGAUUUUCAUUUAUACGAGUUUGUUGAUUUGGCAGUGACUACGAGUACGAAAUUAAUCAUUUUUGCGUUGAGCUCGGUGCCGUUUGCUUACGCCAUCUUACGAAACUGGUAGUUGUUAGGCUUUUGACUCCGAAAUUCGUUAAAAUCGACGAACUUAUGCGCAAAGUCUACGAGUUCCGCCAGAUGGGGUAAAGCAUGCAUACACAACAUGCCCAGAUCACGAUUCGUACUCACGACUCCCAUUAAGGCCCACACACACUGGACUUGCGAGCGCGACGCGUCCGGUGCAUAUGUGCAUGGUUAAUGGAGGGAGAUGAUGUGUGUCGGUAUUGACGGUCACGAGUCUUCAUCAUCCGUCGUAGCGCUACAAGCACAGCACCCGUUGAACAAACAACUUACUUAGGUGUGUGCCCAGUGCCCACGAGCGUCGUUUUCGAGCGUUUUAAAAUCGUUUUAGUUUAUCCUUUUAACACCCUGUCCACAUGAUCCAAGGAAAAAUAUGCUUAAUAUUUUAAAUUAGCUUUGACUUCUUUUGUAAAUUAACGAUGUUUGAAAACCCUCAAAAACGUUACCGUGUGCAUGUGCACAUAGUUAUAGGGACCUUACAAUGAUUCAUUUAAAAGAAAUGAAUAAUUAAAGACCUUUGUCAGUUUUAGAAGUGAUCUACGUUCUGUUUACAACGACAAAACGUCGUUUAUUACGUCAGUGGCCUCACUGGACUGUGUAGAACGUCUGCAUUUCAGGACCCAGCGAGGGUUACCUCGAAUUAGGCUCUGCGUAAACGCAAUGUUUUCAACGUCUUAUAUAUCUCAGUAAAUUGGUACAAUUGAUGAUAUACAACAACCGCUUUACCAUGAUAUUUAUUUAAAGGAGUAUUCCAACCACGUCGUCGUCGUGCUGCCGUCCUACGUGCUUAAGGUCCCCAGUAUAUUAAUGGCUAUAAUCCUCUCAAUUGAGAUUAAAUAUAAUAGACUUACAGCCAUUAAGUUGUUUUAUCAAAGGCCAAAACGGACGUUGAAUUCGCGCUGACGCGUGCCAGCCUGACAACUUUGGCAUCCACUAUAAUAAAUGCGUAUUUAUGCUAUCAAAUAUUUCGCAAACAUCUACUCUAACCAUUUCAUAAAAUGCACAUAACUAAAGACCGUUCUCUCAAAACGAGAGAAUAUGAGGUAAUGAGGUACGAUGUUUCCUCAAAACGCCGUAGUCAGAUUGAGCGACGGUUACGAGCCUUUGGCGUCAACACGAAAUACCGCGAAUAUCACGACAAUAUAUGACGAAUCUAGUAGCGGUAGCGGGAGCUGUAGUAAAAUCUAAAGCUCUCCAUAGGAUAUACCAGAAGUCUCACUUCUUCAAAUUUGCGUCCGAAAUUUUUCGAGUGUGACGCCAUUUAAUUAACGCAAGCCAAAUACGCAAGUACACGUAACAAUUUUGCUGUUUUGCAUCUUGCUCUCGCUGGAGUGUCCGCAUUCUGGAGUGUACACAGAAAGUUUUGAUUGAAUACUAAGUUUCGUGUGUUUCUUGCAAACACCAGAGAGAAUGUCGUGAAGAAUGCAUGGCAUGAAAUGACGUACGUGCCUUUUCGGACACAAAAACAUCAGGAAAAUUCAAGAAGUGAGACUGCUACGUAUAUGAUAUUUCUUCUGUGUCGCAGUCACAUCGGAAGAUUCCUAGCGAAUAGAUUCUGGAGGAACCUAAAGAGCUGAAGGAAGGAACCUAAUGUUAAAGAGCUGAAGGUAACAGAAGCUUUAGUUUAAUUUACGUCAAUUUGCAAUCGAUUCGGCACACGAAAAGUUCCACGUCUGAAACGGGCCUAAUCCUAUUUAUGGACGAUAUAUCACUUUAUUAAUUCGUUUAUGAAGCUAUAAGCAUACUUUUCCUUUUUCGUGACUUUCCUAGUUUGGCGCUAAUUAUGUGUUUCUUUUAUUCUGUACCUUCUUUCCAUCAUCAAUUCCAAAUUUAGUUGAACACCAUGCAACAUCACUGACUUUGCAUGUGACUAUUACAUGCAUAAAUAUUGAGGGGGCGGUGUCUUAAUAUGGUUUUUGUUCAUCAACCGUCGUUCAUUUUGUGAUUUCAGAUGAUUAACCACUUGUUUAUUUAGAUCUAAAAUAUUAGAAUCAAUUCGCACCAGUAAAACCACGAGUUAAAAAUGCGGUUUGUAUAGCACCGGGUUUUGGGGACUAUAUACGUGAUUGUUCAAAUUCUAUUAGGAAUAUUUCAAAUUCUAUUAGAAAUUAUAGAAAGUUUUAAUAUUUCUGUGUUUUUUUAUGUUAUGAAGCAAUAUUGUGAAUAUUAUUACUAAAUCUGGCCAGGGAACCGGAUUAAUACGCCGUUAGGCCUGUUUUUUGCCUGUGGCUGUUGUCUUAAAUGUACAUAAAUCUAUAAAUUAUGAUAUGAUUCCACUCGAAAUUAAGACCCUUUAAUGAAAGAACCUUCAUACAUAAAUCCACCUUUUGGUAUGCGGUUGCAAAAUUAUUGUUAAUUGUUUCCGAAAUCAGGGUCCUACGUUUUCGCCUACGUUCAUUGACAUUGAUUAAAGAAACAUAUGCUCUAUUCUUCGCCAGCUGAGAUUCGGACAAAUGCAUUGGUCGGUUCAUGAUUCUUACAACUAUAUCCAAAUUUAGUGUUGCCUUGCAAUUCUUUUAUAAACAAACACCCGUUGCUGUUAGCGCUGUUUAGAUUUUCUUUAAGGCUGGUUUCCGUGUGGUCGUAAUAUCACGAUCACAAGGUGGUGAUGUAAUACAGUGAACAUGCAUGCAUGACUUCAAUUCACAAGAUAUUGCGCUUCGCCCUUGCAGGCGGGCGGUGAAGACGUAUGGAAACUAAAAUACUUUAUAAUUGUCGUUCCACCCUCGGCUUUUCUCGACGAUUCACGAUGAUUCUCGAGAUUCGCAUGGGACGUCAUAUCCGCUUACACAUACAUACUUCAGACCUUAUAUAUAAAAUACUGGUGUUCUUGUGUUUCAUUUUAGACUGAACUUCUGUAAAGACACUGCAAGCAUUAUGAUAAAACUAACAGUUGUUGCAGUCUCUCUCAUUCUUGUUCUUGCCAAAGUGAACUCAAAGGCAGUAACAACAAAAUCAAUAUUUAAAAUGCAAGAUCGUGCUCCUGUAUCAAAAGACACGGCUGAAGAGAUGUUAAACAGAAUUCUUUCGAAAUCCAGACAAAAAAAGCAAAAUGUCACCAGAGUGAAACGUUCUAAUGAUUGGGCCCAAUUUAUAUUAGUUCCACCAUAUUGCGUUCCAGCCAGCGUUGAUUGUCCUUGUGUUGCGUGUGGUUACUGCUGUAAAGGCCAGUGCAACGCGAACAAUCAAAAAAGAAAAUGCGCAUGCUGAGUUGAUCUGACGCAUCACUGGAGUGUCCACCAACGGUUAGUUCCUAACCAUUAAAAUGAUUAUUACUGGAACGCUAUCUCAUAUGAUACAAAGCUAUUUCCGAUUCGAAAUCGCUGAACAAAAAUUGAAUUGUAAAAACUGUAUUAAAGCAUCUGUCAUCUGUGUGUCAAUAUACUAUUGCACAACUGAAUAUUAAACUUGGUAAUUCGAUCACAACCACAGGAGUAUUUUUUAUCUAAACAUUCUUGGAGCCUAACAAAAUUGAAGCGACACAACUUUAUUUGAUCAGCAACUUCUUGUCAUAUCACCUUAUUUGCUAUCGCAUUAUAGAAAUAAUUCGGCCUCAGAAUUUCAGCCGAAGCUAACGUUCCAGUUAUAUUCAUUUUAAUCAUUUUACAAUCGUCCCAGCAAGGAUGUUGUAAAACAAGACCCAAGUUUGAAUUGUAAAACGCAGGUUACACUGCACUAGUUGACUCGAAAAUUUCGGACAAUAUUUUAGCUUUUUAAAUGAAAUGCAUCAAUGAUUUUACUUCAUUUCCCAAUGCCAAUGAGGAUGCAAUUUCCGAGAAUGUUGCUUAAUUCAAGAAAAAAAAACAUGUUUUCAUGCAAUUCUGCGUUUUACAAUUUAAUGAGUUGGGUUUCGCAAGAUGCAGAGAUAGAAUUUAGAGUGAUAGAAUACAUAGAAAGACCGGACAACUACGCAUUACGCAUCAACUCAUCGCUAAAGGAAUCUGCUAGAAGUCUGACCUUUUACCAAGUCCAAAAGAAGCUGAAUAUAUCUUAUACACUGACACAGAGUUUUUAUACAAGAUAUAUCUUAGCAAAAGUAUACUCAUUCAUUCGCAGAACCAACUCAAAGAGACAAAAUAUCGAGGGAUGUAAAUAUAUAUAUUAUAUUUAAAAUCAUAUUCCACCAUAUAGUGUGUAUUUAGCUAAGUUGAAAAUUUUGUAGGUUUUUUAUCAUAUUCGUCCUCAUAAUAUAUUUGUGAUUAAAUCAUACGAUUACUUUUAUAUCUUCAUAAACUUGAUCUGUCCUUCUUAACUCGUUGCCUCAGUCAUAGAUACUGAAGCAAAUUCUUUUUCUAAAGCUAAACGGAAAAUUAUAAGAUAAUUAUAAGUGUAAAUACAAACCAGUAACUUCUGCAAACCUGUGUUGUUAGCCACAUUGUGGCUAUACCAAAAGGGUGAAGCAUUAAAAGUUGGCAAACAGCUGCGGCUUUCUUUCAACUCAUUGUGCUGUGAGUGAACUGGCUUGGAAUUGGCAAACUUUCCACUGAGUUGUACACAUAUUAGCUUAAAUAUUUGAUCCCUGCAUGGA